CGCCCCAACCUAAUCCGUCAGAUCUCUUCCGUUCCGUGAUCUGCCCCGUUCAUCUUCUCACAAGUCCUCGUCUUCGAUCCCAACACCGGCGGCGGAAGCGACCAAGAGGACGACAGCAAGCCGGCGGAGACUGCUCCCUCGGCGAUCGCCGGACCACCUUCAAGAUGGUGCUGCUGCAGUCAGAUCCGUUCCUGAGCGAGCUGACCAACAUGUACGAGCGGAGCACGGAGAAGGGCUCCGUCUGGGUCACCAUGAAGCGAUCGUCGAUGAAGUGCGAGGCUAGGUUGAAGAAGAUGGCCAACAAGGGGGAGGAGGUGGAGUACCGCUGCCUCGUCCGCGCCACCGAUGGCAAGAAAAACAUCUCCACCGCGCUGUCCGCAAAGGAUUACCUCAAAUUCCAAGCUUCGUAUGCCCUAGUUCUUAAAUCCCAUAUGCAUGCUCUGAAGAAGAGGGAGAGGAAGGAAAAGAAGAGGGUCGUUGAGCCAGAGAAGAUACCCGAGAAGGAACCGAAGAAGCCAAAGAAAUCGUCGAAGAAAUCUGCAGUGUCUAAGUAGAGAGGUACUUACAGAAUUUAGCGAGACCUUUUUCGCCCACAGCAAGACUAGUCUGAGUGUCAUCAAGAUGUUACCAUCCGUUUUACCCUAAUCCCUGUUUGCGGGAUGAAAGCCUGUGAAUACCUAGAGAUGCAUCGUCGCUUGGCAUUUUUGAAACAUCGUUUUGCUCUGGUUGUAAGCCAGCUUGGCAUUUUCUGGAUGGCGUCGUAGAAGAGUUAUUCCUUUCGAAAUGGUAGGUCUGGCCAUCAACAUUUUAGUUUGCUAUGCUUGAUUGAUAUGUUGGUAUUGGGCCCAGGAUAUAGGUUGCAAAAGAAUGCGGAAUUUCUGGUGAUA